CUCGGCUUCAGCUCUCUAGCGCAGCGGUUUCGGUGGGCCUCAUAGUCCCUACAUAGGUUAACCUAGGUAGUCGAGGUACCGUAGUGAGAUGAGUGCUGUACACUAAGUACAGCAAGUAGGGGGGAGUCGCCAAGUGACGAGCAUCAUCAACCAACAACUGGAGAUUAAGCACUGGCCUCGUCAUUCCUGACGAUCGCGUCCUUUACUUGUGGUCUAAUUGCUAUCAUCUCUCAUUUGCGCCAUCUUCGUCAUUUCACCUUUCCCUCGUCCUGUCCUGUCUUGUCUUGUCUUGUCUUGGAAGGUUCUCUCCUCGGUCCCAUCGCGAAUGAACUACGCGUGAAACCUCCCCUGUUUUCCUAUCGAGGAUUUAUCCUGUGCAUCGUGGCACCCGUGUUUGCUUUCUUGACCUGCCUGGGAUUGAUAGCCAUCUGCAAGGACACCCAACAAUUGCUACGUGCAGUAGAAACCUCUUGUCUCACCUCAAUCCCCAACUCGGUGAUUGGUUCCCGCGCUGACGGCGCCUUGCUUAACAACUAUGACGACACCCGCCCAGAUUACAGGCAAAAUCCAGGAGAUAGCGACACCACCUCCGCCAGGCUCGCCUUAUGCCGUCCCCGUCCCAGGCACGGAGCGAGAAGGCCGCACGCCUAUCUACCGUCACUGGAAGUUUCAAGACAAGCCUCUUCUAGAGACCUUCGACCCGGAGACCCGCACAUUCUACGAUGUUUUCGAGUACACCCUUAAGCACUAUCCGAACAACAGGUGUCUAGGCACGCGACCCUGGAAUCCUGCCACUAAAUCUUGGGAACCCAAGUAUGUCUGGAGCACCUACGCCGAGGUAGCCGCCCGCGCAAAGAACUUCGGAUCUGGCGUCUUUGAACUUCACCGUCGCAUUGGCAUCCCCCCAGGUAACCAUGGCGUCGGUCUUUGGAGCCCGAACCGUGCAGAAUGGCAAAUCGCCGAUCUCGGUUUCAUCACCCAAUCCAUGUUCUCAGUUUCCCUCUACGAGACCCUUGGCCCCGAUACAUCCGAGUUCAUCAUUAAGCAUGCCGAACUAUCCUGUGUCGUCGCCUCGCUGCCACACGUCCCCCUUCUCCUGGCUCUUGCGCCACGAAUACCCCAGCUGAAGCUGAUUAUCUGCAUGGACCCCCUAGAUGCCGGUGAACCGGCGGGCCAAUCCAAGAAAUCCAUCUUGAAUGCCAUCGCUGAACAGAAUGGAGUCCAGGUCUGGUCCAUGGACGAAGUCGAGGCAUUGGGCGCCAAGGCUGCCCAUCCCCCUCGCCCUCCUCGCCCUGAAGAUGUCAUCACCAUCAACUAUACUUCAGGAACAACCGGUGAUCCGAAGGGCGUUGUCCUCACACAUGCCAACUGUGUCGCGGGUAUUUCAAACGGACGGAGCGCUGGCAAUUAUUCAUCACGUGAUACAAACAUUUCCUAUUUACCAGUAGCCCAUAUAUAUGGACGGCUCAUUGAUCAGACUGCCCUGGCUGAGGGCGCGUCGAUUGGUUACUUCCACGGCGACAUGUUGGAGCUUGUUGAUGACCUGAAGAUUCUGAAGCCUACAGGAUUCCCUUCCGUUCCGCGCCUGUUCAACCGCUUUAAUAUGGGUAUCCGGGCCCAAACGGUUGAGGCCGAUGGUGUCAGAGGUGCUCUCUCUCGCCGGGUUAUCGACACGAAGUUGGCCAAUAUGAAGCUUCCCCCUGGCCAGGCUUCCAACAGGCACUUCCUGUACGACCGUAUUUGGACCCCCAAGGUUCGGGCUGCUGUUGGUAUGGACAGAUGUCGCUCCAUGAUAAGUGGGAGUGCACAAUUGGACCCUGAAGUACAGAAGUUCUUGCGGGCUGCCUUCGGCAAUAACUUUGCGUCGGGUUACGGUUUGACGGAGUCAUACGCCUCUACAGCUUGUCAAGCGAAUGAUGAUUUUACAACAGGCAACAAUGGCCCCCCAUUGCCAAGUACCGAGGUUUGUCUGGAAUCCCAACCGGAGCUUGAUUACCUGGUCACGGACAAGCCACGGCCGCGUGGUGAACUUCUUCUAAGAGGAACAUCCAUCUUCCGUGAAUACUACAAGAAUCCGGAGGAGACGACGAAGGCUCUGGACGCCGACGGAUGGUUCCACACGGGUGAUAUUGCCGAAUUCGACGAAUUGGGACGUAUCCGAAUCAUCGACCGUAAGAAGAACGUCUUAAAGUUGUCCCAGGGAGAGUACAUUUCGCCUGAGCGUAUUGAGAACGUGUAUAUGGGCAGUUCCAACUUGAUCGCCAUGGCUUAUGUGCACGGUGAAGGCACGCAGUCUUCACUGGUUGCUAUCUUUGGAGUUGAUCCAGUCAACUUCGCGCCGUUUGCAAGCAAGAUUACCAAGCAAACCAUUGCCCCUGAAGAUAUCGCUGCUGUCAAGACCGCCGCGAAGGAUCCACGGGUAGUCAAGGCCGUUUUGAAGCACCUUGAUGAUAUCGGAAAGAAGCACAAGUUCAACGGCUAUGAACGCGUGCGGAAUUGCGUCUUGGAUGUAGAGCCAUUUAGCAUCGAGAAUGAGUUGUUGACACCAACCUUGAAGCUCAAGAGGCCUCAGACCGCCCGGAAGUUCAGAGCCGAGAUCGACAGAAUGUAUACCGAGAUCAACGAGGAGGCAUCUAAGAUUAAGCCCAAGCUAUAGAAGGCAAGCUGAGAAAUAGAUGGUUUUCAUCUCCCCCGUUGUUGUCGUGGUGUUUGUUUUUGGUAAUUGUAGUGAUAGAAGCACAAUCGGGAAUAUAAUCUUGCAUGUUGAUUUGAAA